CCCAUAUAUCCCCCUGAAUAUACUUAAGAUGGCGCCGGGGGCAGGAAUAGACUGAAGGUUGCAGCUGUGGAGGGAGGAGAGAGGCGCUGGGGAGGAAGGCUUGGUUGCUAGGUUACCACCCCACCCCACCCCCAAGCCUUGCUGCACAGGGGCACCCAGAGGAAAGAAAGCCCCCAUGGCCUGAGCCCCCUCACUUAUUGGAAAAGGUGCUGUGGGGCUGCGCAAGCAGAGCCCCCUGCCAGCUCAUGGGGAGCUGGCAGCCACCCUGGCCAGAGCCAUGGACCUCCGCCUGGCCGUCUACAACGCCGCCCGCGAAGGCAAACUGAAGCUGCUGCAAAAGCUGCUGGGAACCAAGAGCCGAGAGGAGCUGGAGGAGCUGACGGCUGGCCCUGGCGGCGGCGAAGGGUCUGGGGGCACACCGCUGCUGAUCGCCUCACGCCACGGCCACCGUGAGGUGGUCGAGUACCUCCUGGACCACUGCGGCGCCCGGGUGGAGGCGGGCGGCUCGGUCAGCUUUGAUGGUGAGACCAUCGAGGGAGCCCCUCCGCUUUGGGCUGCGUCGGCCGCCGGCCACCUGGACGUGGCUCGCAGCCUGCUGGAGCGGGGGGCCAACGUGAACCAGACCACGCUUACCAACUCGACACCGCUGCGGGCAGCCUGCUUCGACGGGCACCUGGAGAUCGUGCGCUACCUGGUGGGCGAGAGGGGGGCCGACCUGGAGGUGGCCAACCGCCACGGCCACACCUGCCUGAUGAUCUCGUGCUACAAGGGCCACACGGAGAUCGCCCGCUACCUCCUGCAGAGGGGGGCAGAUGUCAACCGCCGCAGCGUCAAGGGGAACACGGCCCUGCAUGACUGUGCUGAGUCCGGAAGCCUGGAGAUCCUGCGUCUGCUGCUUGCCUCCGGGGCGAGGAUGGAGAAGGAUGGGUACGGCAUGACUCCGCUGCUGGCCGCCAGCGUGACCGGCCACACCAACAUCGUCGAAUACUUUAUAGAGGGAGCGUUGGAGGAAGAGGAGGCGGCCGUAGGGGACAGCAGCCAGGCCGAAGACCGAGAUGGGGGUUCUGCUGCCGGCGACGGCCGUCCCCAAGUUUACUGCACGCGGGAGGCAGCUGUGGAAGCACUGGAGCUCCUGGGAGCCACCUUUGUGGACAAGAAGCGCGACCUGCUGGGGGCGUACAAGCACUGGCGGAGGGCAAUGGGCCUGCGCCACCAGGGCGGGCAGUACCUGGCCAAACCGGAGCCUCGCCAGUUGGUGCUGGCCUACGACUACUCGCGGGAGGUGAGCACGGCGGAGGAGCUGGAGACGUUGGUGAUCGACCCGGACGAAAUGCGCAUGCAGGCCCUUUUGAUCCGCGAGCGCAUCCUCGGCCCGUCGCACCCAGACACCUCCUACUACAUCCGCUACCGGGGGGCCGUUUACGCCGACUCGGGGAACUUCGAGCGCUGUAUCAACUUGUGGAAGUAUGCGCUGGAGAUGCAACAGGGCAACCUAGAGCCGCUGAGCCCCAUGACGGCCAGCAGCUUCCUCUCCUUCGCCGAGCUGUUCUCCUAUGUGCUGCAGGACCGCUCGAAGGGCACCUUGGCCACACAGCUGGGCUUCCCUGACCUCAUGGGCGUACUGAGCAAAGGGGUGCGCGAGGUCGAGCGGGCGCUUCUGCACCGCAAGGACCCUGUGGCGGACUGCGCCCAGUUCACCAAAGCCCUGGCCAUCAUCCUGCACCUGGUCUUCCUUCUGGAGAAGGUGGAGUGCGCCCCCGAACAGGAGCACCAGAAGCGGCAGACUAUCUACCGGCUCCUGAAGUGCAACCCGCGGGGCAAGAACGGCUUUACGCCCCUGCACAUGGCGGUCGACAAGGACACCACCUCCGUCGGCCGCUACCCGGUGGGGAAGUUCCCCUCCCUGCACGUGGUCAACCUCCUCCUGGAGUGCGGGGCCGACCCCGACGGCCGCGACUACGACAACAACACCCCCCUGCACGUGGCCGCGCGCAACAACUGCCCGCUCAUCAUGAGCGCCCUCAUAGAGGCCGGGGCGCACAUGGACGCCACCAACGCCUUCAAGCAGACGGCCUACGAGCUCCUGGACGAGAAGCUGCUCACCAAAGCUAUGAUGCAGCCCUUCAACUACAUCACUUUGCAGUGCCUUGCCGCCCGCGCCCUCGACAAGCACAAGAUACCCUACAAAGGGUUCAUCCCCGAAGAGCUGGAGGCCUUCAUCGAGCUCCACUGAAGAGGGGGUGGGCAGCAUUGCGAGCCCCCUCCUGCAGGGGCUGGGGCUGGGACUCGGCCCGCCUCCGCUCUGGUUUGGAUUUUAAAAUGCUUCCAUUUGCACACUGGGCCGGGUCGACCUCCCCUCUCCCUCUCUCUCCAGGCCUCGAGCGAAAAAGGGAACCUGUGGAAAUUGAGAGUGCUGCGCUCCCCGUGCCACGAUAGUGUGGUUGCCCUGGGCAUCCCUUGAGGGGCCCGGCACCCCUGAACAACAGCAGGUGGCUGGAUCUAGCGCCCACUCUGUGACCUAGUGUGGCUCUAGGGGGGUUGGGGCAGAAUAAGGGUGGCCAAAACCAGCUGCUUCUCGCCCUGCCCCCUGAAAGGAAAAGGAGCCCACCAGGAUCUCCUGAGUGAUGGGCACUUCUCAGCUCACACAGAUGGCAGGGUUCAAGCAGCUUGGUCAGGUCAGAAUUGCUGCUGCCCUCCAUUGCCAACUAAUUUUUUUUUUCCUUUUCAAAGUGCACACACACACACACAUGCAAAACCUAUGUUUGACCUCUUGCUUUCUGAAGCCCAGCCUGCCUUACAAGGUAUAAGAGCAGCUAGGUUUGCAUGCAUUCAAGGGAGGGGUUUUAGGUGAGCCUGGGGUCAAGUCUUAAAAAAAAAAAACCGCUCUAUCCUUUUUUCACGGACAGCGCGUGCUGGGGGUGGGAUGUAGGUUUCAGCUAAA